AUGCAAAGCGGUGCGUCUCACUACGCAUGCGGCUAAUCGAGGGAAGUCACUGCGCUCGAACAGCGGCGCCGCACCGCCGGAUUUAAAGAGACAGGACGUUGAAAUUUAAAUAAAGCUCACAAACACAUUAUUUUUCUUAUAGUAUUGGCGGGGGCCAAGUAUAUAGAACCCGACUUAUUUUGGAGCCAAGCAUGUCUGCCACGUAACAAAGAGGCUGCGUGAUGUUUACUCUUUUUUGUUUGCUUUAAUAUUUUUUUUCUGUGACGGAGGGGGGGUGGGGGUUUAUAGUGGGACAAUGGCGAAAAUUCAAGCUCAUCUGCAGCAGAUGGGCCAGCUACAGGAGCAGGCCUAUGUGGUACAGAAGCAGGCCCAACAACAGCAGCACUUCCAAAAGCUCAAGGUAGAGGAUGCCUUGUCCUACCUGGACCAAGUAAAAAUUCGCUUUGGAAAUGACCCUGGUAUAUACAACAAGUUUCUGGAUAUUAUGAAAGAGUUCAAGUCACAGAGUAUCGACACACCAGGAGUGAUCAGUCGUGUUUCCCAGUUGUUCCAUGGACACCCUGACCUAGUCCUUGGCUUCAAUGCCUUCUUGCCACCAGGCUAUCGGAUUGAAAUUCCCAAAAAUGGAAUUUCUUCCUUGCAGCCAUCCUUAUCGAGUCAGGUCUCUGUCACUCCUGUUAAGAGUACUCUGGCUUCCCCUACUGAGGUGGUAUGUGGACACAGUGACAGUACACGAUCAGCUGAUAGCCCCACUGAGUGCCCAGUGAAGACCCCCUCUUUGCCACCACCAACUCUGUCAAUACCCUCUGUCUGCCGUGAUUCCCCCGCACUGCCUGUCUCUACGCCAGUGGCCACAGACCCAAGCCCCAUAGAGUUUGACAGCGCCAUCAGCUAUGUCAAUAAAAUUAAGAACCGCUUUCUGGACCAUCCUGAGAUUUACAGGUCUUUUCUGGAGAUAUUGCACACAUACCAGAAAGAACAGUUGGAUGCCAAGGAAUUGAAGGGCCGACCUGGCAGUGGCAUGACUGAAGAUGAAGUCUUUUCCAAAGUGGCCAGUCUUUUUAAAGGCCAGGAAGAUUUGCUGGCUGAAUUUGGGCAGUUCUUACCUGAUGCUAAAAGAUCAUUGUUCACAGGCAAUGCAUUAUCUGGGAGAGAACAGACAAAAAAAUCUGAAGAUGAUGAAAUGGGAAAGUCCAGUAAGAAGCGCUCAAGGCCAACAUUGAUGCCCCACAUGGCACCUCAGAUUAAGAAAAAAUUGAGGCUGUCCUGUACAAAAGACCCAUCCUUUGCUGCUGUGGGGAGGCAUGGCGUCUUAAGAGAGUUCACCUUUUUUGACAAGGUACGCAGACUCUUAAAAAGCCAGGAGGUGUAUGAGAAUUUUCUCCGCUGCAUUGCACUCUUCAAUCAGGAAGUGGUCUCUGGGGCUGAGCUAUUACAGCUUGUGACCCCUUUUCUGGGGAAAUUUCCAGAACUUUUUGCUCAGUUCAAGUCUUUCCUGGGUGAAAAAGAACUGUCUCAUGCACCUGCCCUUCUGUCAGACCGUUAUAUGGAAGGCAGCGGCCGGGAGAUUGAUUAUGCCUCCUGCAAGCGGCUGGGAUCCAGCUAUAGAGCUCUACCUAAGACCUACCAGCAGCCUAAGUGCAGUGGCAGGACAGCCAUCUGUAAAGAGGUUCUGAAUGAUACUUGGGUUUCAUUUCCUUCUUGGUCAGAAGACUCAACAUUUGUUAGUUCAAAGAAAACUCCCUAUGAAGAGCAGCUACACCGCUGUGAGGAUGAGCGUUUUGAGCUGGAUGUUGUGCUAGAGACAAACCUUGCAACCAUUCGUGUCUUGGAGAGUGUACAGAAGAAGUUUACACGGCUGUCCCAGGAGGACCAGGAUAAGUUUCGGCUAGAUGACUGCCUUGGUGGUACUUCAGAAGUCAUCCAGCGGCGGGCCAUCUAUCGCAUAUAUGGUGAUAAAGCAGCAGAGAUUAUUGAGGGGCUGAAAAAGAAUCCUGUUACUGCUGUCCCUAUUGUACUAAAGAGGUUGAAAGCAAAGGAGGAGGAGUGGCGGGAAGCACAACAAGGUUUUAACAAGAUCUGGCGAGAGCAGUACGAGAAAGCAUAUUUGAAGUCUCUGGAUCAUCAAGGUGUCAACUUCAAGCAGAAUGAUAUCAAGGCACUUCGUUCAAAGAGCCUGCUCAAUGAGAUUGAGAGUGUUUAUGAUGAGCGUCAGGAGCAGAGCACUGAAGAAAAUGGCACACUUAGCCAUGAACCUCAUAUGCUUUAUGUCUAUGAGGAUAAGCAAAUCCUAGAGGAUGCAGCAUCACUAAUAAUUUACCAUGUGAAGCGGCAGCCCACAAUCCAGAAAGAGGACAAGGACCAUAUCAAGCGGAUUAUCCAACAUUUUAUCCCAGAUCUGUUUUUUGCCAAGCGAGGCGAGUUGAGUGAGUCCGAGGAAUCAACAGAUGAAGAGGCAGAGCCUGAAGAGUCAGCAGGGGGAGGUGCAGAGGUGAAUGGUGAUCCCCGCCGGAAACGGCACCGCUCAACCCCACCAGGCAUUGCCUGCGAAGAGAAACUUGAUUUGCGGGACAGUGAAGCUGAACACCAGAAGGGACUAGAUGAUGUCUACAACUUAAUCUUUGUAAACAACAACUGGUACUUCUUCUUACGUCUGCAUCAAAUCUUGUGCUCACGACUUUUGAAGAUCUACCAGCAAGCUGAGAAGCAGCUCCUUGAACAUCGAGCAGAAAAGGAACGGGAGAAGCUACUGUGUGAUGGCAGGAAAGAGAAAGUUAAUGAUCUGGCCAUGGAGCUGCGUCUGAAACAGCCAAGUGAAGUAGAGCUUGAGGAGUAUUACCCAGCAUUCUUGGAUAUGGUUCGGAGCCUGCUGGAUGGAAACUUAGACUCAACACAGUAUGAGGACACCUUGCGAGAAAUGUUCACAAUCCAUGCAUAUAUUGGCUUCACAGUUGACAAGCUCAUCCAAAACAUAAUUCGACAGUUACAGCAUUUGGUCAGCGACGAUGUUUGCCUGCAGGUAGCCGAACUCUACUUGAGCGAGCGGAAACGGGGUGCUGCUGGGGGGAAUCUUUCAUCUCAAUGCGUGCGAGCAGCUUGGGAGACCAGUUACCAAUGGAAAGCGGAGAGAUCGAUGGCUGACGAGAACUGCUUCAAGGUGAUGUUCAUUCAGAACAAAAAUCAGGUCACCCUGACAAUUGAGCUCCUGGACACAGAGGAAGCCCAAACAGAUGAACCUCUGGACAUACAGCACCUGUCAAACUACAUGGAGCAGUAUGUGGGGACAGAGGCAGCCCAGUACCACCAGACUGAAGGCUUCUUCAAGCCCAUCUUCUUGCCAAGGAACCUGCGCAAGUUUCGCAAGUGGCAAAUCAAACAAAUCACAGCCAUGAAGGACAAGAGGGCUUGGAGGCCCAAGCUGGGUAUGGAGUGUGCCAGUGAUGUAGACUGCCGCUUUAAGUUAAACACUCACAAAAUGGUGUUUGUGAUGAAUUCAGAGGACUACAUGUACCGUCGUGGCUCUCUUGUGAAAGCCAGAAGGUGUCAGCACAUGGUAGCUAGAGGGCAGCACCUACGUUUUGAAGAGUGGCACCAGCAGUGGCUGUCGGAUAAUGUCCCUGAUGAUGCACAAAUGGCUGUGCAAGACUGGUUGAUGGGUGAAGAUGAUGAGGAGAUGGUACCAUGCAAAACCAUAUGUGACACAACACAUGUGAAUGGUAUCCCAGUGCACAGGUACCAUGUGCAUUACAGCAAACGGCCACCAUCACCUUGACCUGCAAAACAUUUCUUGUUUCAUUUCACAACUAGAAAAUGACUGAAGAUGCCUGUCAUGAGGAGCUCAUUUUAUAUUUGUUACAUUUUGGGUGGGUGGGGUCAUAAAGUCAAGUUAGGCCUGCAAGGAUUUUUUUACCCCCCUUCAAGAGAGAUGGGUGAAAUAGGGCAUGGCAGAAAAUUGGUCCCGCAUUUACAACACUCUCACUCUUUAUUGGUGUGACAUUGAACUUCAGCACAUAUUGGAAAAUUCUGGUAUAAAUUAGGUUGAAUAAAUCACCAUACAUUAUAUUAACAUCUCUUUAUCACUAUUAAACAGAUCAUAUAUAGCAAUGGAUUUUUUAAAAAUGAUUUCAAAUGUUUUUCCUUCACACUGUUUUCCCAGUAAAUGUACAUGUAGUGCUCUCCAAACCGUGUACCACGAAUGUGUGCUUUCUCCUUACUCCUUUUGCACAAUCAAAUUAAUGUUUAAGUCAGUUGCCAGAGAAUGAUUUGGAUGAGAGGUACACCCUUGCACUGUGGGAGGGAACUUCCAGGCCAGUAUAGCAUUUUUUUUUUUUUUUAAACUGGCUUCCUAAUAUCACGUUCGGUGUACAGGCAAGGAUUGCUUUCCUUUCAGUUGCACUUCAUAAAAAUUCUAACAUGCAUAUUAUAUUUAUGAGAAAAAAUAUAUAUAUACUGUAUAUUUAAAACUGUGAAAUCAUGGGAAGUGGCAAAAUGCCCUGACAUUUCUAUCUGCAUUUAUUUUUUGUCAUGCCUUAAAUCUCCAAAUCUGAAACCGCUUUUAAUUUUGUUUUCCUGCUGUGUAUUGGGAAAGGUUCUGACCAACCAGUAUGAAUAUUCACUAACUUUUGUUUUUUUUUUUAAUGUGUUUUGUAUCCAGAUUUUAAGCCCUAGUGCAGUCUCCAUGCCUGCAGGUUUCAAACUGGGAUCUCUCGGCUGCUUUUAUGUUUUUUAAUCUUGUUUUUUUAUAAUCAUACAAUUUGUUUAAUGAUAGAUUUUAUAUGAGUGCAAUAUGUACUUUGGGUGGGAUCAAAGUCGUUGCAUUCAGGCAAGCAUUUUUCACAAUAACAGAAUUUUAAAUUCAAGUGGAAGUUUUGCAUAAAUUCACUGCCACAAACCAAUUCUACACACUGCAGGUGUUAAAUUGAAUACAUUGUUCAAACUAAAUUUAGAUAUGACCUAAAUUUUGCCUUGCUGGUACUUUUGCUACACAGCUAAUAAACUUUAAGCAGAAGUAGCUAUUUCAGAAAGACAUGCAUUUUUAGUGUAAAAUAUGAUUUUUUUUGUUUUUCUAAACAAAGAGUGGAAAGUAAUUAAGGAAGAGAAUGAGGGUCCAGCCUGGCUAGUCCAUUCACCAGCCAUGCAUUUUACUUUAUUUUUCAAAGUGAAGGCCACAAUCAAGCGUUUUUUUGGAAAGUCUGCUUAUACGCAACUUUCACAUCAGUGAGACCUCAGUUAGCACAAACAGUGCUUUGCUUGUUGAUGAAGAAAACUUUUGUGACUGUUAAAAGAUAUGAAGAUGGAAAGUGUACUGAAGCGUGCAACACUUCAAAAGAGGUAGAAUGAAGAACAUGAAGCAAGAUUUUCAAUUUUGAGUUUUUCCUGGUGACUUUCGAUUAACAGUAAUAUGUAUGUAUUGUAACUGAGGGUGUGCAGGCAUUUAGGAAGAAUCAGCCUGAACAUUUAACUUGGCACUUUAUUCCUUAUUGCCUAUACCUUUGCUGUAUGUACAAUUUCAUUUUUUUCCUUUUCCUGUGUAUUUACAGCAUUUUUAAUACUUUUUUGUGUUUUUUAGUGAUUGCUGAAUUAUAUGUAAAGAUACACUUGCACAAAUCUGAAUACAAAACAUUACUUCUGUAUUACUGUAUAUAUAUAUAUAUUAACGCUAACUGUUCUCACAGAUGUGCGUGCAAAAUAAUUAUGCAGUGUUAUGGUAGGGUUCCAAAUCUGUACUAGUCCAGAUACAUGUACAGAGAGAAAGAUGUUCGGUCAGCAGGUCAAUAAUGAUCUACUUCAUAUCAUUUUAUGCAGAUGUUUUACAUUACAUUUAUAUCAAGAUAAGCUGGCUUGCAGCAUUCUAAGUGACUUAUUUUACAUGUAUCUAUAUACAGUCAUUUAUUUAGCAAUACAACCAAAAAAUCCAUUUGUGAUUUUAUAAUAGUAACUGAAACUGCAAUUGAUGAAUAGUAAAGUAUUGACAUUAAUGUACUUACAUAUUUAUAAUGAACUAUCCAAAUGUAAGUUCAAAAUGAUUUUAACUCUUAAAGCUAUAUAAAUCCAUAAGGGCUAGGAGAACUGUUAACUAUCUAAACCUGUAAAAUCAUCUCAUUAAAAUGCGACAUGCAUUGUAAUUUAAGGCUAUAUAAAUAAUUAAAAAUACUAAAUACUAUAUGCAUAAUUAAAUUAUAUUUAUUAUUAAAAUGCUCCAUGCAUAAUAAAUGUAGAUUAUUUAACUGAAAUACCUUUAACUUUUUGACAAGUGUGAUGAAGACACUGUCUGAUCUAUGGGUUCUAGAGUUUGAAUCAUUCUUAUUUUCCCCCAAAAUCACCCUAAAUAUGAGAACACAUAAACUGUUAUGUCAGUAAUGUCAGGAUUUAUAAUGUGACUUUUUAAACAUAUAGUAAUAGGACAAGUUAACUGACAUAAGGAAAGUGACUGCUAACUGCAGUUGACAAGGUUACUUUUUAAAGUGCAUAAAUGUUUGUUAUACUGGAUAUACAUUGCUGAUUAAUGACUAUUGAUUAGCCAAAAAAGGAGUGAAAGCAGACAUUGGAGGAGCCCUUGACUGUAACAUUAGCUCUUUUAUUUAUGUGAGCAGAGUAUUUUACUUAUCUGUGUAGACUGAACAAAACUGUGAUUGGUUUAUCAUUUGCUUAAAUCUGUUCAUACAGUAUGUAGAUCUUUCUCUCUCGAUUCAGUGUGCAUGUGUGUGUCUGUAUAUUCUGUCCUGUCUUGUCCAGGUCUAUUCAAGUAUAUAGGGGUGUCAGAUCUGAAAUAUGACCUGAAAUGCCAAAUCUUCUUAAAAGUGACUUGUCAUUGAAAGCAUUAUCGGGCCAUUGUAAUGAGCCAGACACUUGGUAAAAACUUGUGGCCAAUCAACAGAUACCUUGGCUAAGAAACACUGAAAUGAUUUUGAAAAUUUCAUAAUGCACAGCAUGAAAAGUAGCUUAAAAGAUUUUUCAGCUCUGGUUUUUUUU